CUCUGGUCGAAAUCUUUAUCCCUCCGUUGUUGACUCUCUACAUUCCGUACCCUUCUACCAGCAUGUCCCGCGCUCAGGAACUCUCCGCGCAUCGCGUGAGAGAAGGACACCUGGCCUCAGUUCAAGAUGAUGGGGAAGAAUAUCCAUACAGACCCUUUGGAGAGCCUGCCAAAGAGAAUGCGAUCGAUGAUGAUGACUCCACCAACGAAAGCAGGAUGGAAACCGACGAAGACCGCCCAAAUCCAUGCCGCAAAGCCCGUGCAAUUUCGCCAGAUCCUUUCGCAUCCACCCUCACGAAGAGGAGGAAGCCGAUUAAACGGAAUGAAGGCAGCAAGACCGAAGAGCACCACCUGCUCCACCACCGCAAGUCUCGUACUACCGCCCUGCCAGGAAUUGCAUCCAAGUUCAUGGGUAUUAUGAAGCCUUGGAUCAAUUUCCUCAUGGCUUUCACUAGGGUGAUGGCAAUGCUGGUCAUGGUGGUUGGGGUGGGACUGGCCUACACUGUGCUGGGGCAGGAUUGGAGUCAAGGAUUGGCUGAGUCGCAUAUCCAGGCUGAAAAAUUUCCAUCAGCCUGUCCCCCAAACUGGCGCUUCUACCCGACAUACCAGUCCGUCCUCUCCCUCCCACCUCCGCUGUAUGCUGGAGGCAAUGGCACCCACCCGCUCCUCCCGCCGCGAACCCUCAUUGAAAAGGCGUACCGCAAGGCGCUGCGCUGCUGGCACAUGGACAAGCGAAACAGUUUCCGCCAUCUGUCAGAUGCGCAAUGGAAGGAGAUUCAGCUCCUCAUCAACGAUAGCUAUGAGAAGCUGACGGCGGGCCGUGGCGUAUUCCCGCGGUAUACAGACGGGUAUGAGGACUUGGUGAAUACGACUUGGUGGCAGACCGAGGUGAAGGUGAAGACAUUGGAACUGUACAAGAGGCCGGAGGACUGUAGAUGCACGUGGGAAAGGGCCGUCGCACACUCCAUGGAGCAACGAAGGAUCAAGCUGGACCAGAAGGCGGGUAUAGCACCAAGCGACCAGACCGCAGCAACCGUUUCCAGCGAUGUCAGCGUCUCUCAGUACUGUCCUUGUACACUCCCACUGCUCCUGCAAACCUACCAAUUCUUCCUCAAGAAGAACUUGCCACCGUUGGGCACAUACCACACUCACUCGUUCUACAAAUGGGAGAACAUUUCGCCGCUCUUCCACCCAAGGCCAACCCUCUUGACUGAUCCAUUCAGCACCCUCCUCCGCUUUGUUUCCUCCAAAUACAGGUUCCUCUGGCCAUUCAACUACUCGUGCGCUAUGAAGAAGGCGCUCGUCACUCAGGAGUGGUUCAGUUUCAUAGAUUUUGCCGAUGAUAUGGAGCCAGGUGGUUGUCUAGGGAAGGAAUGGGAGGAGAAGGAGAGACUCAGGGAGGAGAAAAGGGAGGAGGAAUUGUACGCCCAGGAGUUUCGAGAAGAGGCCAAGUAUCAAGAGAGAAUGGCUGAGAUUGAUAGGAAAUUUGAGGAGGCGGUAGCACGGGAGCGUGAGCGGAUGAAGUGGUUGGGCUGGCUGCCAGGCAUGCAUUGAUAGAAGUGUGCUAAGUUUGAGGGGCUCUAAAUUGGUCUGCAUUUAUUAGAAGCUUUAGGUAGGCGUUAGGCUUGUGAUUGGG